GGCAACAGAUUGAGACUUAUCAAUUGUGUAAUUUAUGCGUUACAUAUGUAGGACGACAAUCUUACAAACUAGUAUUUAAUUAGAAACAGAAGUGUCCUGAACAAAUGCUAAAGCAAAGUUUCUUUUAUGAUUACAGCCCAUUUUCUUUUUGUAAAUGAAUCGUUACUGGUAUACUGUCUGUCUACGUCUAAAUCGGAUUAGUGUCAUUAAACCCGUCAACGGACACAUUUUAUAUGACGUGUAAGGUUCCCACCUUCAUUUUCGGUGUUGGUUUUAAAUGGAAAACACAGUAGAAACCAGUUCUAUACAGAACCAAAGAGACACAAACUAUGAGUGUAAAGGUGACUCUAUGUCAGAAACCUAUAAAUUUAGAAGAGGACAAUUCUAACACAAGUGAAUUCAAGGAAUGCUUUGCCGUAGAGCAAUCGUAUAAGUAUUGAGGUCAGACUGGAUAAGUGAAACGGUACCUCUAACUUACGCCACCUGCGAAUUUAUCAUCUCACAGCAAAAACAGAAAGGAAACAAAAUAUCCUCUUAAAUCUAGUCUGAUCGAUGGUGGAGAAAAACAAAACCAAAAAGGCGAACAUUCUUUCAGUUAGUCACUUCUUUCCACUCUACAAGCGUAUGGACCAGCGCUCAGUGUUGAGAGACGGAAAGGAGUUAAAGGAUGCUGUAGACCGUUCAUUCAUUGGUCCCGUGACAAGCUCCGGCCGGCAACCUCCAACGGAACAGACCAUUGCAUUUUUGGACAGGUCCUUCCUAGACCCACAUCUAGAGGAGACCGCAGCAUUUCCACAACGAGACUCCAGAGAUCGACAGGACUCUGCCAACAGUCCCGUUCUGACCCAACCAUCCCUGAACCUCAACCCUUUCGUCCAGCACAGUCCCGGAGACGACGACAUCUCCGUCAACGAGGACAUCGAGGCAGAGCCAGCCGCUUCAACAUACCCAUACGGUAGGAAAAAAUUGUUUGGUAUCAUGCCAGGGGGUGCCUUGAAAUUAGACAAAUUCUCAGGUGAUGGUACGCAGAGUUAUGAAGCCUGGUUAGGUGAUUUCCAGGCAUGGUGUAAUUUUUAUGAACUUGUGGAAGCUAAAAUGAAGCAUGCAUUUCCAUUUCAUCUUGAAAAACAUGCUAAAGUAUGGUUUGAUAAUGAACCGGUUCAUGAAACAUGGGACGGACUUAGGCAAGCUUUUGUAGCCAGGUUUAAGGCAGAUACCGAAUGUUAGACGGCUCACUUUAUGAUACGAAACAGGGACAAUCUGAAAAAGUCAUUGACUAUUUGACUAGAUUGCAUAAUGUAAUGUCGAACAGAAAAAUCUCUAACGAGUUCAAAUUGGCAGUAGCGUUAAGUGGCCUUAAGCCAGAAAUAAAAUCAGUUGUGGCCAAUAAGGAACCAAACUCUCUAGACGACUUACGUCAUAUGUCUAUUUUGACAGAAAAGGCAAUGGUCGUUACUACAGGCUCAGUUAAUAUCGCACAGUCAGAUAUCCCGACAGAACUUAUCUUGGCCAGAAUAGCCUCCCUAGAGGAGAUGGUCGAGAAAAGUUUGUGCGUAGCAGAGCCUCACCAGCAAUCCCCAAGGCAUUAUCCCAGGCCACCUUUUCAAAAACCAUAUACUCCUUAUCAUCCUGAACCCAGAUCUCGCUAUUCGAUGCCAUUUUCACCCCGUCAUCACCACCCACACCUUACCCAAACCCCAUUUCAACACAGUUAUCGUCACAACAUGUUACCCUCACAUCGGCCCAACCCCAGUCAAAAUUUCCCAUGUCAAGGAUGUGGCGGGCGAUGUACAGAUAGGUCUAGAUGCCCAGCGCAAGGGAAAAUAUGUCAUUAUUGCCGCAACAUGAAUCAUUUCUCGAGUGUGUGCAGAAAAUCUCGUAAAAAAUGAAAGAUAUGGCCUGCUGGCGUGUAUUUACAAUGAGUGUAGUUUAUCAUUAGCUGACAUGAAGUGAGUUGUUUUUGUCACGCACAAAUCUAUAGCUUUGUACAAAUAAUUGUUUACCCUGGUUGAUUGUCUGACGAUGCUAAAGGUCCUAGGAUUGUGAAGGACUUACAAGGUAUAUGAAGUCGUAUUUUUAUUGUACACGACUCCCUUGUGCAUCAGAUCGAGUUGACCUUGGGGUCAAGGUCUUACAACCAGGGGGGCAUCUAUUACGAUGGAUUUUAUAUUUUUAUUGUGAUUAUUGUAUAGUAACAAUUUUAUGAAGAAUUUAUAUAUAUAUCAAGAUAUUGUGUUAUUGUGUAAAUCAAGUUUAGCGAACAUGCUAUUAAUACAGUAUAUGGAAUUAUCAAACAAAAUCCAAUGUCAAUGGUCGUAGGAUUCAUACAGUUGAUAAUCCAGGCCUCGGCUUAAUUGAAAGAUUAAAAAGUACUCAUUAGGAAGUACAUAAUGAAGCCGACUAGUACUUGUAAAGUCAGCCUAACACUAAGGUCAUGAUGUCCAGAACUGUCGGACUUUGUACUUUGAUAUAUGUAUUUAUAUGUAAACAGUCUCGUUCAACUUGUUCUUACAUAACACGGUUAAACAAGACCAUAGUGACAUGGUCAGCUAAUUAUGAUCCCGGGCUUAUCACCAAAACAAGGGUACCAAACCAACCCUUGGUGGCCAGGAUCACAUGAUGCGAAAUUCUGCAUUUAUUGGUCAAGCAGUUAGACAAUUGACCAUCACUAUGGUGCUGAGUAUAAAAAGGCUCGAUCUCUCCCGAACAAUCACUUUGGGAAUGAAAAUCUAAAGAUCGCCUUGCUUUUAUUUUAAGGUAAGAACUUAAGGUUAUAUUGUAUAAUAAACCUCUGAAUUGUAAAUGUAAAAGCGAUAAUAUAGAAAAAGAAUGUUUUAUGUUGUAUAAGGAAUAAUUAUGAGUAAAAGUAAAUUAUUAUAUAUUUAUAAGAAAAUGGUUAACAGUAAAUUAUGAAGUGCAAGAUAGAAUUGAUAAUUUGUAUUGUAUAUUGUAUAUAGUAAGUAUUUAGUUUGUUUGUUAGUAAAAUAUUUAAUUAUGUAAAUAAACUU